UUUCCAUCCUGCCCGCCCCAUCCUGCCCUCCUCCCCGUCACCUCACGCCUACUCCUCCUGUUUUCCAAGUCGAGGCCCCUUCGCCAGUGCCUUCCUUAUAUGGGCACGGCUCUGAACCGUGGCCGCUCAUUGGCUGGGGUCGUCACGCGCGCGUCUGUCAACAAAGGGGCGGGGCGGGGCGCGCCGCGCGCCAGCCCGCGCGAGGGGGUGGGCCCGCGGGGCUCUGGUGCGCAUGCUUGUGGGCAGCCAUUCUCCCUGCCGCCUGGAGGAGGCGCUGCGGUGGCAUGUGGAGCUCCCUACUACCAAUGUCCUGAGAUUGAGUGACUACCUGCUAUUUGCCAUCAUCUCCCAGCAUGGACAGGGGCAGCCUCCUGCCCUUCCAGCUCUGGUGCCCCCGGCCCUUCGGCACAUAUUCCCAAAACCAGCCACGCCCACCUUCCACAGCCCUCAAGCCACCAGCCUGCUCUGACACAAGCAAUGGAACUGAGCCUGACCACGGACCUGCACACUCAGAGAACACACCACCUACCUUGGCUGCAGAAGCCCCCACCUCCCAGCAUGCUCCACUUCUCUCUUCAACAGCUGCUGGCGAUGAGGGUCGAGUCCUGCUGGACACGUGGUAUGUAAUCAAGCCUGGAAACACAAAGGAAAAGGUGGCCUUCUUUGUGGCCCACCAGUGUGGUGGAGGUAGCCGGGCUAGCUCUAUGAAGGUCAAAGGGUACUGGGGCAGUGAUAGUUCCAAAGCCAAGAGGAGGAGGCGCUGCCUUGAGCCCACCAAGGCUCCUCCAGACCCAGGGGGCAGAAGAGGAGCCCCUGCCACUGAGGGGGCUCCUACGACAUCCGGAGAAGAUGUAGACCUGCUCUCCGUAGCGGAAAUGGUAGCCCUGGUCGAACAGAGAGCUGCCUUGGCCCUACAGAGUUACCCACGCCCCACCACCCCAGCUCCAGUGGUCUUCGUGUCAGCUGAGCAGGGGGGACCAGCCAAGGGGUUAGGGUCAGAAAGACGAUCUGGUGGUGGUGACUGUAGCCGAGUUGCUGAGGCAGUGGCCCACUUUGAGGCCCAGCGGGACAGCCCUCCAACCAAGGGUCUCCGCAAGGAGGAGCGGCCAGGUCCUGGGCCUGGUGAAGUGCGGAUCGCUUUUCGCAUCUCCAAUGGCCGAGAGCCCCGUUCGCCAGAUGGCAAUUUACCUACUUGGAGUGGAGGCCAGUCUGGUAGUCCCUACCCUGGUAGUCCUGGUCCUGGGGCUCGAGCCAAAGACAAAAUCACCUGUGACUUGUACCAGCUUAUCAGCCCCUCCAGGGAUGCCCUUCCCAGCAACAUGGAGUUCCUCCUGGCCAGGGCAGACGAAGCCAGUGAAGGUGAGACACCAACCCCGGCCAGGCCUGAAGAUACCCCCCCAGCCCCUCCUCCACCCCCUGCCAGGGACUGUGGAGCAUCAGGGUUCCAUGUGGAUGUGGUGGUGACAGGUGUGGUGGAUGAGUGCAUCUUCUUUGGCAAAGAUGGCACCAAAAACGUAAAGGAAGAGACUGUCUGCCUGACAGUGAGCCCUGAGGAGCCACCCCCACCUGGCCAGCUCUUUUUCCUCCAGUCCCGGGGUCCAGAAGGUCCGCCUGAGCCACCCCCAGCUGAUACACCAAGCACAGUGCCAGGUCCCGACGAUUCGGAAGGCACAACGGACACCUCCUUGUGCCGCCUGUACCGGCACGUGUCGCAUGACUUCCUGGAGAUUCGCUUCAAGAUCCAGCGACUUCUGGAGCCACGGCAGUACAUGCUGCUGCUGCCUGAGCAUGUGCUGGUCAAGAUCUUCAGCUUCCUGCCCACCCGAGCCCUGGCAGCCCUUAAGUGUACCUGCCACCACUUCAAGGGCAUCAUCGAGGCUUUUGGUGUGCGUGCCACGGACUCGCGCUGGAACCGGGACCCACUCUAUCGCGAUGACCCUUGUAAGCAGUGCCGCAAGAGAUAUGAGAAGGGCGACGUGUCACUCUGCCGCUGGCACCCCAAGCCCUACCACCAUGACCUGCCUUAUGGACGUUCCUACUGGAUGUGCUGCCGCAGAGCCGAUCGCGAGACACCAGGCUGUCGCUUGGGCCUGCACGACAACAACUGGGUGCUGCCAUGCAAUGGAGUGGGAGGGGGCCGAGCUGGCCGGGAAGAGGGAAGGUGAAGCCUGGGGAUGAGGGGACACCUGCUAUACCUAACCCCUUCCCGCUUUGCUGGGAGCUGGGGACCAGGACUGAGUCACCAGCCAACACCUACCAGUCCAUCCAGCGUUGAUCUCCCACUAGAACUGGGACCAGGUUUGGGGGUCAGUGGGUAAAUACCCUGGUUGACCCCCGUUAGUUUUCUACUCUUCAGAGCCAGGGCCAUGGACCCUCAGAGAGGGUUGUGUUUUUUGUUUUUUAUCAGCAUCUCAAUUGCGACUCGAUCAAGCCCCAACCCCAUCCCUGAGUCUCUCCACCCCAGGGACCCACCAGCAGGGAGCAGAUGGCAGCUAAUUUUGGUACCACCUGAGGCAUUUCUCAAGCUGGCCCUCCCCAUUCUGUGCCUCCCCAAGUUCUUUGUUCACCCAAAGGGCUGCAGUCUCUAAGGUUGACACCUCCAGGCCAUUAGCUCGCAACUCAAGUCAGCACUUUUUGGAGGCAGGCAGCCCACCAUUUCUAGAUGUUUUCCUCAUUAAAUAAAAAAAAAAUGAUUUCUUCUGAACUACCAGUCUUUCCCUCCCCCACCCCAGGGAAAGUGGGUGAGAUCCCCUCAAGUAUAGAGAUCCCUCUUUAAGCUCUUGUCACUGACUCCCCAGUAAAGCUGUGAAACCCCUUGCCUCAGAGGGCAAGGACAGUGGGUCUGAAUUCCAGGUGAUCUUUCUUCCACAUGGGUACUCAGUGAGGCAUUCGGGUCUCUACACCGUCCUCCCCACACCUUUUGCUUAGGUAGGCCUUGAUUUUUAGGCAGUUUGGUCCAAGAUCUUUUUUUAAUUUAUUUUUCUAUUGGCUUUUCGAGACAGGGUUUACUGUGUAGUCCUGGCUAUGCUGGAACGAACUCUGUAGACCAGGCUGGCCUCAGACUCAGAGAUCUGCCUGCC